UUCGCGUCGUCUGCUUGCGAGAGGCGACCUAGAAACCAGCCGAUUGUGUGUUUGUUUAUUCCUCCGGAGCGUGUGUUGCUUUGGUCGUCAGCUUUGAACGAAAGAGGCGUCGACUGUGACAGGCACCGGUAAUCCGGCAAGACUUAAUUAAUACAUAACAUCAUAAGGCGCCUGCUAUAAUUUUCCUAAGAUACAAUAGGUGGACAAUAAUUCCGCGUGACACCCUGGAUGACACACGGAUCCUGAUUGCACAAUCAGCUUGAUUGCGACCCAUUUUUCGGUUCGAGUCAUACCUGUAUGAGCUUGCCAAUUUGUCGCCUCAGGGGUCAAAGGUAAAGUUCAUUGUGCAGCGUGAUCUGCCGGGCCGGAAACAGCAUUACAACGCUGCUUAAUUAAGCAGGGACAGUACGUUGUAGAAGAUGAAGCGGAAAGCCUCUCGAUCUGCUCACUACGAGCGGCCGGCAAAGAUGGUGAAGACUAAGACAGAGAGUACAGUCGGUCGGACUCUCAGCACGCUUCAUCGAGAGGUGACCAAGCCCCGAACCCCGCUGCCCCCUCCAAAGUGGCCCAGCCUCCACCCGCCUCCCGUUGAUGACAGCGGAACUGCCGCAGACGAGUCGGAUCCAGACCCCGCCGUGGAGAUGCCGGCCACACCUUUGAGGAGAGCUCCCACCUUGCCUGUGGAGGAACCCAAGGCAUCAGAUACACAUCCAUCGAACAAACUAAAGUCGUCCACUCGACGGGGUGAGAGCGUGGUGGCGACGCUGGUCACCCUGGACGACGCCGGUAACGUCACUACGGUCAAACGCCUUCCAUCCGGCACGUCGGUAGGGGAGAUUACCAGCCUGGUUGCAGCCCCUGCGGAAUUCGCCUCGAAUUGUCUAAAGCCGCCGCCAGCGUCGAAGAGUCUGGGAUGUCCUCAGGCUCCGGUACGGACGGGACAAAAGAGGAUGAGGUGGUGGUGGCGGUGGAAGAUAAAGAAAAGGAGCGGGAGGAAGAGGCAGCAGAGCCGCUCCCGCCGCCUCCCGUACCGCUGCCGCCCGGGGGUCUUAUCGAGAUCGCGUUCUCGUUCGACACGACGGGGUCGAUGAGCCAAUGCCUGGAGGAGGUGCGAGGGCGGGUUGGGGACAUGAUCCAGCGUCUACAAGCUGAUAUCCCGGGUAUCCGUAUCUCUGUCAUCGCUCACGGCGAUUACUGCGACAAGGAUAACUACAUCAUCAAAUGGAUCGACUUCGGUUCUUCCCUGCCGGAAAUGUGCGACUUUGUCCGCAACAUCAGCAGAACAAGCGGCGGCGAUUUUGAAGAAUGCUACGAGCUGGUGCUUGCACGCGCGCAAACUGAGCUAUCGUGGACCCCGGGCAGUCAGCGCUCCCUAGUGAUGAUCGGGGACGCCACGCCGCAUCCCUUCUCGUACUAUCGAGACCAGGAGGAGAAGCUGGACUGGGAGGAGGAAGCCAAAAAGCUGGCAAAUAUGGAUGUCAAGAUCUACGCAGUUCAAGCCCUGAAUAGGUCUGAGAGUACCAAGUUCUACAGCAGUCUGGCCAGAACAACGAAAGGUCGCCAUUUAAAGUUGGAUCAGUUCAACAACAUCUUCGAUAUCAUCAUGGCCGUCUGCUACCGAGAAAGAGGAGUCGAAUUCGUAGAAGCCUAUGAGGACGAAGUUCGGGAACGGGAAGGACACGUAGGUCUUCACAAAGACCUCGAGAGCUUGUUCGGGCCUUAAAGAUGACGGACCUUCGAGCUCCAAACGCAGCAAGAUCUCCAAGGUGACAGCCAUGCCAGUUCUGCCAAAGGGAGCUGCUAAAAGGAAAGCUAGUGCAAAGAAACCUGUGCCAAGGUCAAAGGCAAAGGGGCAGCAAAACGAGGACGAGAUGUUGAGGUCAAAGGUAAAGCAAAGGCAACGGGUAGCAGCUCCCCACAAAAAACGAAAGCGAAAGGUAGAAAAGUUGCAGGAAAAAGAUUGAAUGCUAAAGCUUUGCCCAAAAAGGCCAAGGAUACUAAGGCAAAAGUUACUAAAGUCAAAGCUACAAAGGCGAAAAAGGAAAAACUGCUUAAGGGAAAAGCGGUGGCGAAAAAGGCCAAAGGAAAAGGGCUGAAGACGGUAAAAGGUUCGAAGAAAACCAAGACUUCAAAACAAGGAGAGAAAUCUCCCAAAACUAAAACAAAGACGCCAAAGAAGUUAAAGCCAUCCGCCAGCAAGGUGCUCCGCGAAAGGGCUCAAGACCUUGAUCUCGAAUCUGGAAAAGGGUUGCCGAAGGUGGAAUGGAGUGCUUGGAAGCUAGCCAUGCAGUCCGAACGACCCUCGGGAUCCAGUCGAUCCACAUGGCAGCCGCGCCGCAACGGGGCUCUUGGGGUUCGCAACGUCAAGCUGCUCCAGCGCGCCAAGGAUGGGUUGACCCCGGCCUUGUACGAGUUCAGCGUCAGACUGAAGAAAAAGCUGCACGUGGUGUACUUCCGCGCAUGCGCAACCUGGCGCCGGCAGCUGCUGUGGGACACCGUCCUGCUAAGAAGCCGGCGCUGGAGAAGGAGAUCGAUGCCAUUCUCGCCGCGGGAGGGUCUCUGUUGCUAAGACGGGGUGAGGUCAAAGACGUGGCCUCUCUUCGGCGAGCGGAAAAACAUUUGAACACGACCUACGAUUAUGCUUGGACUUUACGAAGGGCUCGCGAAGGGCAGAUCCAUCGCCGUUUGAAGAGUAAUGGCGUUCUUAUCUCGGGAAAUAAUUUGUAACAUUGGCUGAUCAGGCUUUUAACCUUGAAGCUGGCUCCAGGUGAAGAAAAUAACAGAGGAUGGUGCGAAAAUGACACUAGUACCACCACCAACACACCAGAAAAGAAUGUAUAUACGUAAAAUGUAUAUAAAGAACCAAAGCUACGUUAAAGAUUAGUGAUGUCGUACAACACUAUGCAAUCAUGAACCAUCGCCAAAGUCUACUUUAUCCGAGUUGGGAAGCGGACUGAGUGGGUGUGUUAAAUUAUCUAAACAUGCGGCCUUAAUCCUCCCUGAGACAUACUCGCAGUCCACGUCCACCAUGGCUGUGAGCACACUUUCAGACGUCAUGUUCGCGAACUGUAUUGUUACCCGUUCAUCUAAAUCAGUGAUGCCCAACCUUUUUCGGCCUGCGGGCCAUAUACACUUCGGACAUGUGUGUCAAGGGCCGCUUCACCGCACAAAUACAAAAAAGAACAAAAUAGAGCAGAUACCAUUUUUAUUAGAAACAAGUUGUACUUACCAUUAAUUAUGUAGUAAUUAGUUAGAUAUUUGAAGUUGUUUUCCCGAAACCAACUCAUGAAUGUCUGGCUGCAUCGUAGGGACACCCAAGUCGGAGAACUGCAUCGAAAUGUUCGUCCAUCGAAAAAAAAAAAGUUUGAGAGACGCCCCUACGUAGGGAUAAAGACUUCUUCUUCCAUUUUUUCGGUUGUUUUUUACUUUUAGGUUUUUUAAUUACUAACAUGCCGAUUUCCUGCUCUGUGGGCAGAAGUUUCGCGGGCCGGAUGGCACCGAGUCGCUGGCCGGAUAUGGCCCGCGGGCCGUAUGUUGGGCAUCCCUGAUCUAAAUGAUCUUUAGUCGCUGACCAAACAUUUCUGCACUACUGCCGAAUAGUUGUCAAGGUAAAUGGAAUAACAUCGACCAUUCACCUUUCCAGUGGUCACGUUUCGAUCGUCCGUUUCUUGGCCUAGUAUGACAUUUUCGAUUAUGCUUUGAACUUUUCCCUUCUGUUGAUAGCUACGGGAGAAGUGGUCUUCUUUGCUGCAAUUAAAACAGGUCUGUUCGAUCCUU